AUGUCGGACGAUUCAGUCCUCAUCCACCUCCCCCUCGCCUCCCCCGGUCACAACGCUCCCGCCACCAAAAUGUCUCUCGACGAUCCCUCCGCACCGAUUUCCCUCUUCGCGCCGCAAAUCAGCCCCGCGCCGCCGCUCUGGGCGGCGCUCGACGCCAUGCACGGGCUCGACCCGGGCGGCGCGAGCGCGUGCUUCACCUCGUCGGAGCGCCUCUCCGACACGGAGUUCGCCGACGACUUCGAUCCGUCAUCUCCUCCCGGCCCGUCAUCUUUUCUGACGGCCGCCGACGACAUGGAGGCGCGCCUCUCCCGCCCGUCCCCGCACACGCGGAUCCCGGAGGCGGAAACUCCGCGCAAGAGCGGGGGCGGGGGGGCGGGAGGGGAUGGCGCAGGCGGAAUGUGCUGGUCGCCGGCGUGGCUGCCGAGCGAAGACGACAUUUUCAAUGACCCAAUCAGCGGCGACAGCACAAUGCUGCACGAAGCGCCGCCUUUUGCGGGAAACAGCGGCGGGAGCGGCGGAAGCCGCGGGUACCAAGGAGAAAGCGGACCGGGGAUGGGCGCUGGGGCGAUGCCCGCCGGAUCUGGCGGCGGUAAUAGUGGGAUGGGGGGUAUGAGUGGCGGGAAAAGUCCGUUUGGAGUUAAUCUGUCCGGGACGGACUCUGCGGGUUUGCUGCUCUCGCGCACUUCGCCGAUGCCUGGGAUGACCGUGCAGGAUCUAAUCAUGGCUGUUGAUUCGGUGAGCUUCGCCACCCCUGCGCCGCACGGCAGCCGGGCGAUCGGCGGCGGAUCGGACGGAACGUCGUUCAACAACACCCUUUCGUACACUAACGGGCCGUCUAGCAACAACGCGCCGUCAUCUUACACCAAUGCGCCCUCCUACACUAACGGCCCGUCUUACCCCGCCAACCAAUCACCGGAGCCUUGGUCCCUCACCUCCUAUUACGACACGCCCGUUUCCGAUAUCCUCUGCGAGACCGGCCAGGCCUCCACGUGUCCGUCUUCCAUUGGCCCGUCGUCCACAUCGGAUGUUCGUGUCUCCCCAACGCCUCAGAGCGACCUGUUUCCGGGAAAUGCUGCUGCAUGCAGCAUGGUGGCGCGCGUGGCGGUGCCAGUGGGCACCUCGUGCCGCCAGCGCUACAACCGCCGCUACAGGCAACCCCGCCACAGUCCUGCCAUGCCUAUUGGGCCACCCUUCUCCUCUCCUCCCCUCCUUCAACGAUACUCCACUCCUCCCACUGCCCCUGCUCCUGCUCCUGCUCCUGCUCCUGCUGCUGAUGCUGCUCCGAAUGCUCCUAGAGCUUCUAACUCGCCACAACUGGCAGUACCAGCAGCAGCAGCAGCAGCAGCACCAGCAGCGGCAACAGCACCAGCAGCGACAACAGCAGCAGGGUCACCCGCUUUCUCCAACGCCAGCACCCCUGUUAUUGCCGCCGCCGCUGCUCCCCGUGCUCCGCCCACUCCCCUCUCUCACGCGCCCCUCUCCCUCCCUGCCUCUCGCUUCAGCAGCGGCGGCAGCACGUAUCAGAGCAGCAACGGCAGCACCCCACACAGUAGUGGCGCUCCCUACAGCGGCAACCACACCCCCAGAGGUACCCCCUUGCUGGUCCCCUCUCGCUCCCUGCCUCCCCCUGCGCUAGACCACUCCUCCCUCGCGCCCCUCACCCUGCAGCAGCAGCGACCAAUGCACAGCCAGCAGCAGCAGCACCCGCAGCAGCCGCCGCAGCAGGUGCAGCAGCCCCAGCAGCAGCAGCAGCAGCAGCAGCCACAGCAGCAGCCACAGCAGUCGCAAACGCUGCCCCUUCCACCUCCCCCCUCUCGCCCUCUCCUCUCAACGCACCCUGCCCUCCUCCGCUCCCCAUCAGCACCACCUUGCACUCCCCCAUCCGCCACCACUUCAACCAUCACUGCUGCUCCAACCGCCCCUGCCCCUCCUGCUCCUCCUGCUGCUCCUGCAGCUCCUGCUACUCGCGCCCUGGUCCUCCCACCCCUGACUGCUGCAUCUUCAGCAGCCCGUCCCCAAGUCGUCAGCAGGAAGGCCAGCAGCACUGGCAACGCACCCAUGACUGUGAAGGAAGAAGCGACCGGGGCAGGCUCACCUGGGGGAGGUGCAGGUGCCUCUAGAGCAGGUGCAUCUGUUGACCUGACGUGCGAGGAGGACGAAUUGAAACUGAGCCUGGAUGCUGCAGAGGAGACUGAGGGUGGGGGGGCAGCAGCAGGAGCAGGAGGAGGAAAGGGAGGCGCAGUCAAACAAGCAACAUUGACAAACGACCCUAACCCCGCAGGGCACAGCGACACGGUGAUGCAGCUGCAGUACGCGGGAGGCAACGGGCCGCUGGGCUUUGGAUACAAGAUGGUUCCGCGCAGCGCUUCAAUCACCACCACCCCCUCCUCCCUCCCCUCCCUGGGCGCUGGCGCUUCAUCAGCACCAGGUUCCGCCUCAGCUGCUGCUGCUGCUGCUGCUGCUGCUGCUGCACAAGCGGCACUGGGAGCGGGCGACAUGGGCGGGUUUAUGGAUGAUAUGGAGGAGGAUGAGGAUGAUGACAUGAUGGGGGGAGGAUCAGGGUACAGCCGCAAGCGGGGGUUUGUGCAGAACGCUGCGGCAUCAGCAGCGAGGAAGCGGCGGCACGACAUGAACCACCGCGUCAAGCGCCUGCUGGACCUCGUGCCUGUUUCCAAUAAGAGGGACACGGCAGCCAUGCUGCUGGAGGUGAUACAGCUAGUGCAGUCCACCAUCGCUCAGAUCAAGGAGAUAACGCUGGGAGAGGACUGCCCGCCCUCGGAGCGUGCAUGUGGGGUGUGCAAGGAGGAGCCACUCUCGUCCCUCACCCUCCACGCUCCUGCCUCCUCUGGUAUCAGCCUCGCUGCCUCCGCUGCAGCCGAGAAACAACAGCAGCAGCAACAGCAGCAGCAGAUGGCGGCCAGCCAAUCAGGAGCUGCCAGCACAUUCUCAAACAGCACUCCCGCUGCAACUCCCGCCGCCGCCGCUGCCCCUGCUGACUCGCAACCUCAGCAGCAGCAGCGGAGCGGGGCAGUGGCACCAUCAACAGCAACGUCUGCAGCUCCUGUGGAGAACUCACCCAACUCUAAGCAGAGCGCCCGGGCGGCUCAAGCUGCGAAGCUGAGGAUGAGACGGAAGAUGCAGCAGGCGAGGCUGGAGGCGGAGCGGAGAGGCACGGGGGGAGCGGGAGCGGGAGGGAAAGAUGGUGGUAAUGGUGUAGAUAUGCGAGGGGUGGACGAGUGUUCUUAG